CGGGACAAGCAGAGAGGCGUCUAGACGUUCAUUGUCCCUCUCUUCUUGCCUCGAGACUUCCAUUCUUUUUUUCUCUCUCUUCGUUUCGAAGACUCUCCUUCUGGAUCGCACAGGCUUCAUUCUUUUAGCUGUGCAUCCGUCCGGUCCUUUCUCAUUGCCUAUCCCGCGUUCUUCACCACUCCUUUUGACUCUCUGACAGACGACGACCACGAUCUACAUUCCUUUUCUUUUCUGAACUGUUUCGCCCAGCGGCCUCAGCUUUUCCCCGGCUAGCAUCCCGCUGACCACCUGCGAAGGGGGGAAAGAAGACAAAAGAAUCUUGACCAUCCAUUCAUUCACCGUUUGAACGCACCACCACAAGUACUCGAUCACUCGCCCAACAUGCCUUCACUCACUCUGUUGCGGCGAUCCGUCGACGAGACACCCCGGGCUCACUUCGACGUAGCCCGUUCGCUCUCUCAAAUCGCCAACAAGCUCCGCCCUGCAGGACAGAUCGGUCCCCUGAAAGUCUUCGCUCGAGGCGACGACUCUGACGGCAACCCCGAUACGCUUAUCAACGUCUUGCUCAUCGUGCUCGGCAUCGCCUUUGCCAUUCUCAUCCUCGUCUCAAUCCUUCUCGUCCUCCGCCGCGUCCGCCGCAAGCGAGGGCUGGACGAGCAGGAACCCGUCCUGCCCUCCUACGACGACGUCAAAGGCGGCCACCCGAACCACCGAGGCCUCACCAUCGAGACCACCCACAACGGCCGCUCCAGCGUCUACGUCAUCGGCCGCGACGGCCAGCCCAUGCUGCGCGCUCCCGGCUCACCACCUCACUCUCCCGACAACGUUCCCGAGAUUCACAUUACCUUCCCCGAUGAGCAGGACGACCAAGGCCGCCGCAAGAGUGGCCGCGUUGUCGUUGUCCGUGUUGGCGAAAACGCGACAGUCGGUCUCGAGCCCAUGCACGACGAGGAGCUGCCCGCCUACGAGAAGGAAGCCAACGGCCAGUUCUACUCCGUCGACAUGGACAAGAUUGGCGGCCUCAAGGAGAAGGACCACUCAUACUUCGAUCAUCAGUAA